AUGAGCCCCAUCUCGGUCUAUCCUUUGACCUGGAACAUUAACAAAGACCGCAUAGUUCCCGGCUGGACUACCUUCACGCCAGAUAACCCCAAUACCUUCAAAGGCGAACGAGAAAAAAAGGGCCAUCUAUCUCCGUUCGUCAUCAACCUAGGCAAAGACACCCUCCUCAGCAUCUUACACGACCACCUCCUCCUACGCCAGCCGUAUGGCCCGACUAUACACAGCACCAAAUAUUACAAUUCUUAUUUCUCGCCAAGAUAUAACCACGCUGGCCAGAUUGACAAACGGAUUGAAUGA